AUGGUGUACAAGAAAUUACCGGCUGCAAGGAUAGAUAUUGGAUACGUUAUCAUCACGUGGCAAUACACGAAGAAGUACCAGAGAUUUAUUACCUCUUACUUUCAGUGUGACCAUUUACUAUCAGGCGCACUAGGUCAGGUGGUCUCAGAUACAAGAUGUUUUUUAGAAAAUGGUCAAACAGGAGCUCGUUUAUUCGUAAACGAGGACAUUAAAAUUGGUGAUACAAUCGGCGUCCUUAGCGUCCUUGGUGAUCCAGGUCUUCAAGGUAAUAUCGAUUUAAAACUUCAGGAACAGGAUAGUCCAGUUAUUUUUAUACCAAACUCACGGAAUCUAACACUUAUGCGACCACUUGAUAAGGAAGGAAUAAAAGGACCAGCCAGUGUAUACAUAAAUGCUAUUUGCGAAAGAAAGCACACUUUAGAACCAGGAUACGUAAUUCCAAUCAAUAUUCGUGUAACUGAUGCCAAUGACAAUGUCCCAGAAUUUAUUAACGCACCAUAUGUGUUAAAUAUCUCAGAGGUAACAGUAGUAGGCACUAGGGUUUUACAAGGUGUCAAAGCAAUUGAUUCUGAUCAACCUGGAUCUUAUUCAACAGUCCAAUAUUCUAUUCUUCCUGGUCCUCAUGCAGAUUUUUUUAUAUUUGCUAAUGCGUUGGAAGGAACAUUGGUUCUACGAAAACCCCUUGAUUAUGAAAAUAUUCAUAACUUUUCAGUGCAAAUUCGUGCCCAAGAUCAAGGAAAUCCACCUCAAUCGUCCAUUACUAAUCUUUAUGUAAAUAUUAUUGAUGCAGAUGAUCAAAAUCCUAUUUUCUUGAAUGAUCAGUACAAAGUUAUUAUUCCUUUACAAUUAAAAUCAAGAAAAAUUUUACAAGUUGAUCCAGAACCUAUCAAAGCCAUAGAUCAAGAUACAGGAAUAAGUGCCCAAAUAAAAUAUUCUAUACAGGGAAAUAUUUUAUCCUUUCUCGCCUUGAAUUCUGAAACUGCAGAUAUUAUAGUAACUCGUCCUUUACAAGAUCAUGAACUAAUUUCUUCUGCUAUAUUAGUAAUAAAAGCUGUACAAAUAGAUAAUCCAGACCGUUAUGCCUUAGCAACUAUUCUAGUUUCUAGAGAAAGUAAUAUUAAAGAUAAUUUUAUAAACGAGAUUAGAAGAAGUCGUUUACCUGUAAGAUUUAUAUUUGAAGAUUAUCACGCAAGUAUAUCUGAAAAUACACCACCAGGGAGUAUUAUUCUUACAGCAGGUGUCAAUAAAAUUGAUCCAAAUUUGAAAUUUUGGCUUAUAGGAGCCAAUGAAGAUUUGGAAAAGUUUUCUAUCACUAAUUCUGGUGAAUUAAUUCUUAAAAGUAAUUUAGAUUAUGAACGAAGAAUUUAUCAUAGUUUUCGUGUUCAUGUUAUGGAUAAGUAUAAUAAUGAUACAGCAAGGAUUAAUGUUUCUGUAGAAGAUGUUAAUGAGUGGGAACCCAGAUUUCGACACCCUAAGUAUGAAUUCCAUGUUAGAACUAUUAGAGAAGGCUCUAUAAUUGGUAAGGUUGAAGUUGCAGAUGGUGAUAGAGGGGAUAAAAUUUCAUUGGCUUUAAGAGGACCUGAUUCAAGAUCUUUUGAAAUACAUGAUAAUGGAGAAUUAGUGUUACGAUUUCUGGGUUCAUUUAAUGGCACGAUUGCACGAUUAGUUGCCAUUGCCUCUGACACUGGUAAACCGCCAAGAUCAAGCAUGAUACCAGUGAUAGUUCACUUACCCAAAACUGAAUCAACAACAUUCGCAGCUAGAGGGAUCCCCGCUUGGCUGGGCAGUAGUGUUCUCUUAGUAGCAGUUUUUGGUGUUGUUCUUGGACUACUCGGAGUAAUCAUUUUAAUUCUUAUUUUAUAUAUUUAUAAACAUAAAAGGCCAAAAAGUAGAGAAUCUUUAAGCUCGGUAGGAACAGAACAUAGAGAAAAAUCUGUAGUUCCUUCUGCUUUAAAUCCUACACCACAUAUAUUGGGUGCAACUAUUUUACAAGAUACAUUAGAAAUAGCAAGAGAUAUAUGUUGUGCAUCUCAUGAUAUUGAUAAUCCCGUUUUUGGAGAGGAGAAUGAUUUCUACAAUACGACGAUAAAAAGUAUCGUAUCAAGCAGACAAAUACCGUUUUAUUCAAGACACAAAGUAGCUCCUGGUACUGAGCCACCAACUUUAUGUGCAACAUCAAAUAUACCAAACAUUGGUGGUCUUGUACAAAAUAUGAAUGAUCUAGGAUUUCAAAAUAACGUGGAUAAUAUGGAAACGUGCUCUCAAAAUUCGUCUAACUUUUCAGGCGAUCCUCCUGAUUCAUUAGCUCCAACGUGGCCUAUUGAGUCAAUAUCAAAAAAAAUUAAAACACUUUCUUUGAAUAAUAAUGACAGAAUAAUGGAUAAUAUAGAAAUUACAACAGAACCUCAAGCCAGUACCAGUCAAGCAAACAAUGAACAUGUUAAUUUGACCGUUUAUUUUUAACCUUCCAUUAAGGA